ACCUGCUUUCACAAUGAAUGGGACAUUUUCAUUCAUCACUACUGGGAUCAGAGGAAGUGAUUUGCAGCAUUCACUGAGCCUUUUGUUGAAAAGGGUCCUUCUCAUUUGUGUGAGUCAUGCUUUUGCUGUGACAGACUUGGCAGCUCUGAGCAGGACUGGAAUCUUUCCCUUGCACAGAAAAACUAUCGCUCCACCUAGCCUGACCAUGGAAUCUCAGGCAAAAUUCCUCUGAAAUUCAUUUUUGUUUUCCAAAAUCCACUCCCCCCAUAGUCAAUUUUUUUUUCACUUUCCAUCUUCAGUAUUCUGAAUUGCCUGCUAUGUUAGCACAGGGAUUCUCUGGUUUGCCAGAACAUAUGCAAGACUCCAGAUAGAAGGGCAUGCUUCAACGUACCAAGUAUAACCGCUUCAGGAAUGAUUCGGUGACAUCCGUUGAUGAUCUUCUCCAUAAUUUGUCCAUGAGCAGCAAGGUCUCGUCAAUUGGUACAAGUUCAACGCCAUCCCCGUAUCUGGUCUCGCCGGAGAUUCUCCAGAAGGAUCAAGAUGGACCCAACAGCCUGUGCACUCUUAUGCAUAAAGUGUCCCACUUGAAGCUCUCCCACACAGGCAGCCUUUUGGGGAUCAAGAACCUCUCUUCUGCCGUGAAAGAGCUGGCUGUCUCGAAGUUGCAGGGUCCUAGCACAGCAGCAGAAGCUUCAGACAACACAUGUAACCUUGUCCCUGCCACUCCAUCUUCUCAGCAGGACAAGAGCAGGAUGAACGCAGGGAAAAAAACAUGGCCAGAGGAAAUGCACCUGGGAGGUGAAGACUGGAAUCAAGGGAGCAGCCUUGGCAGCAAAUUACCCCAAGGGUGGCUGCAUGCCAAUGAGAAGAUCCUGGGACCUGGAGUGACGUAUGUUGUGAAGUAUUUGGGAUGUAUAGAGGUCUUGCGCUCCAUGAGGUCUCUAGACUUCAAUACUAGAACACAGAUUACAAGGGAAGCGAUCAGCCUUGUUUGUGAAGCUGUGCUGGAAGCCAAAGGAACCUUUAAAAAAAGAAAGGCACCAAGUAAAGUUCUUUCCAGUAUUCUAGGGAAGAGCAACCUUCAGUUUGCAGGAAUGGACAUAACUCUGAAUAUAUCUACCACCAGCUUAAAUCUGAUCACACCCGAUUCCAAACAGAUCAUAGCAAAUCAUCAUAUGCAGUCCAUUUCUUUUGCAUCAGGAGUAGAUGUGGAUACAACAGACUAUGUUGCAUAUGUAGCUAAGGACCCUGUUAACCGUAGAGCAUGUCACAUCCUGGAAUGCUGUGAUGGCCUAGCCCAAGAUAUUAUCAGCACGAUAGGGCAAGCCUUUGAACUUCGUUUUAAGCAAUAUUUGCAGUGCCCCUCUAAAAUUCCUGCUCUUCACGAUAGGAUGCAAAGUUUAGAUGAACUUUGGAUGGAAGAAGAUGUGGAGCCAGCAGAACAUCCCUAUUACAACAGCAUUCCAAACAAAAUACCUCCCAUUGGGGGUCUGGUUGAUGCAAGACUUAAAGCCAAGGUUCCUGCUACAGAUUCUGCUCAGUCUGCAUCAGCAACGGGAAGAGAUCAAACAUACUACCAGAGCCAGCUCAUCAGAGACCUAUUUAAGGAAGACUGGCAAGAAGGACCCAGUCGACAAGGGUCUUUGGAUAACUACAGCAUACCAGAUGUAAAGUCUAAUGUUAAUUCACCAGGAGAGAUGCCAACUUAUGUGAAUACAAGAUGUAUAAAUAUGGAAACUCUACAAGCCCUUCAGGCAGAGGCGGAAAAUCUGCUUAGCGGAACAACAGAACAUACCAAAGAUAGAAGCCCAGGAAAAGAUAUUUUUGACAUGAGUCCCUUUGAAGAUGCUCUGAAGAACCAAAUGCCUAAGCCCAUUUUGAACAAGGCUACCUCAGCUGAAUGUACAAGUCCUGUUCUGUCUAGAGCAACUGGUGCAGCAGGAGCAGAAGAACUGAGCGCAGAGCCGUGGUAUCAAGGAGAGAUGACCAGGAAGGAAGCAGAGCAGCUCUUAAAGAAAUGUGGAGAUUUCCUGGUUAGGAAAAGCACCUCUAAUCCAGGCUCCUAUGUGCUGACUGGCCUGCACAAUGGACAAGCCAAACAUCUCCUUUUAGUGGAUCCUGAAGGAACCGUUCGAACAAAGGAUCGUGUAUUUGACAGCAUUAGCCACCUCAUUAACCACCACCUUGAGAACAACUUGCCAAUUGUCUCUUCUGGAAGCGAACUCUGCCUCCAUCAACCAGCAGAGAAAAAGGAAGAAUGACCCCUUCAGCUCCCUUCAUAAGAUGUCCAACUUUGAUCUCUCACAAGACACGACUAGAAAGGAAGUGCAAAUCUAUGUCCAUGAAGGAAAAGAAUAUCACCUAUUAUAGUUUCUGUAGGUUAAAGCGAUGCAAUUUCAUGUGAUACCAAGAAACAGGAAAUUCAUACAACUCUCUGGGGACAACAGAGUAUGGUAAAAGAAACAGAUGGAAGAAUUUCCUUUUAAAAGGCUUUAGUUAAAUGUUCUGAAUCCAUAAUAUGAAUAUUGACUAUGUACAUACACACAUACAUUCUUUAUAAGUACAGUAGAUAAUAUUUAUAUUUUUGAAGUCAGUCUGCUGAAGUUACAGAACAAAAUAUGUCCUAUUCCAUGCAUUUUUAACUGAGGAAAAGAUGCCAACUGUGUGUGAUUAAGAAUGUUAAACUAUGAGCAUCAGAGAUUAUAUUUAUUUCCUUGAGAAUACGGAUGCUGAAAAUCUCAAGGAUAGUUUUACCACAGUUAUAAGCACAACAAAGGGGAAAAAUCAAUAAAAAGCAGUGAUUAGAAAUCACGAGAGAAAAUUAGCUGAGGUGAAGAAACUUUUGAAAUCAUAAAUUGUCACUUAAGUAGAAUAUCACUUCUUCCCCUCUUUCUGAUGACUCAUUGAAAUUCUUAUAUACUGCUGUUCCAAAUUGUAAUUUGCUUUAACUUUGACUUAAUGUGAUCUCUCUGUGUAUGAGGUACAUGCGUUGAUUUUUCUAACAAUAGACCUUACGGUACAACUUUGAUUUAUUAAAA